CAAGCUACGACCCAGAGGUGCGGGUUGUGUCGCGUCCUCUGCGGCUCAAACCACGAGAGACACUUGAAGAAGAGUCGCGCGAGCAGUGGAGACUCACUGUGUUUGACUUUAAAGCUGAAGGCUGGACACACACUCCCUGCCGGCUUCAAUGGCGUCCCAUCCCACAACAAUCCCACGCUGCGGUCCCAACGAUGACCUGGGGAACGCCUCCAGCACCGACUGAAGCAUGGCGAGGUUCAGGCGCAAGUCUUGUCUCCCAUUAGUUGUUUUGGUGCUGCUGGUGCUCACAGUGACGGUGGUCUUGAAGGCGCUGUCCCCAGAUGACUCUCCGUUCGUCAGCCCUGUUGGGGUGGAGCUGCUCCCGGACAGAAAGAGCCACAGUCGGGUCCAGGAGGAAAACACCGAGAAACCCGACCGGUCCAAGAUGAGCGACUCGGCUCAGUCAGACAAACUGGAGGCUGCGCUGAGGAAGUUCCCUCCUCCAAACUACUAUCUUCACGCUUUCUACUACUCAUGGUAUGGGAACCCCAAGUUUGAUGGCAAAUACAUCCACUGGGAUCACCCGCUGCUGCUGCACUGGGACUCAAAGGUGGCUCAGGGGUAUCCGCAAGGGAGGCACGUCCCACCGGAUGACAUCGGGGCCAACUUCUACCCCUCGCUAGGGGCUUACAGUUCCAGGGAUCCCUCCGUCAUAGAGUCUCAUAUGCAGCAGCUGCGCACAGCAGCCAUUGGCGUUCUUGCUGUUUCGUGGUACCCUCCUCAUAUGCAUGAUGAUAAUGGAGGUCCAGUGGAUGACAUCGUGCCUUUGCUGUUGGAAGUGGCACACAAAUACUACAUUAAGGUGGCGUUUCACAUCGAGCCGUACAAAGACAGAGAUGAAGUCAACAUGUUAACUAAUGUCAAAUACAUCAUUGACAAGUACGGGGAGCACCCUGCUUUCUUCAAGUACCGAACCAACACCGGCAAGCUUCUUCCCCUCUUCUACGUGUACGACUCGUAUCUGAUGAACACGGAGCAGUGGGCCAAACUGCUCAAACACACGGAGAGUAACAGCAUCAGGGACACGCGGCACGACGCCGUCUUCAUCGCGCUGCUGGUCGAGGAGAAACACAAGAGGGACGUCCUGGCCGCCGGUUUCGAUGGCAUCUACACCUACUUUGCGACGAAUGGGUUUUCCUACGGGUCCACUCAGCGGAACUGGGACUCUCUGAAAGCGUUCUGUGAAGACAACGACCUGAUAUUCAUCGCCAGCGUGGGCCCCGGGUACAUCGACACGAGCAUUCGACCCUGGAACUUCCAAAACACGCGAAACCGCAUCAACGGCAAAUAUUACGAAACCUCGCUGAGCGCCGCGUUGCAAGCCCGGCCGGAUUUCAUCUCGAUAACAUCCUUUAACGAAUGGCACGAGGGCUCUCAGAUCGAAAUGGCUAUUCCCAAAACCGGCCACACGGUGUAUCUGGACUACCUGCCCAAUAGACCUGCAAUCUACCUGGAGAUAACUCGCAAAUGGGCUGCGAUCUUUGGCGGCGAGCGACGAAAAUGGCGGGAUUGAUCCGACGUCGAGCCGCAGCAAAAGUUUAUUCCGCGGUUGUAUGAAAUGAUUCCGUGAAAACUUUGAUGAAGUUCUAGCUGCAGAAUGCAGAACACGAUGCAACGCUGAAUACUCCUCUGGAGUACGGCCAGAGUAUAACUCGAUUAUCUUAAGUCUGGCUGCAAUGAUGUGAUUUUUUUACACUUGGGUAAAUUAUUGUUAAUUUAACUGAUGUCUUAUUAUGUUUACACAGCCUUGCACAUUUGGGGAUUUGUAAGGUAAUAAGCAUGUUUUUAUCACCGACUGAAGAAUCCGACUAAAUCUGUCCAAAGGCUUGUUUUGCCGCGCAGGAAUCUGGGACUAUAUUAAACCUCGAUGGGAAUAAAUAAAUCUUUGCACCCUGGAAAGGAGGGAAAGUAAACAAAAGCAGUCUGCUGGUAUAUAUAUAGAUAUCUCUGUCGCCUCAGUCUUCUUCCAUCGCUGCUCUAGCUCAACAAUACAAGAAAAAGUACAAUGUAAAUCUUGAUAUUAGAAAGUUGAACCUAAAAUAUCAGAUGCAUCACUGAUGAAACCAGUAGAGGGCUGAGAGAGAGAGAGAGAAUGAUGCUUAUCUCUGGAAUAUUUUAACUUUUUAUAUUAACAAUUACAUUAUCCUUAAAGCUCUGACACCAUCGAACAGGCCUAGUACAUUUUGUCACGGUAUCUGUGUGGAACUUAACACUUUUUUAAAAACUUCUUUGCUGCAAAAGUAGCAUUUUUGGGGAUUUUCAUGCCUGGCAAACUCCAAUAUUUGUUCCCCGCCGGUUGUGUAUUUGGCGGCGGACCGGCUGAGUGAACAUGUGGCUCUGAGGCUCCUCAACGCUCCGCUGUGUCCGCUCGGCUUGGUGCUGAGGAGGGAAUGGACUUUGGUUUUAGAGCUUUUAGUUGGGAAGCCGUGGGCAUCUGGCAGAGAGGGUCUAAUGAAAGACACUAUUGAGUUGCAUUGUGGGUAUUGGAGGUUCCAGUGUUUAUGGAGCUUGACCCAUAGAAGACACACAGCGGUGACGCCUCAGCCUCGACUCCUUUGAUUUGGACCGUUCUUUAAAAAAUAAAUCCUUUAUCUCCCUCUCA